CCCAAGCCCGCUUUAAAAGAUUCCCGUUUCCCAAUCCAGCUUUAAAAAACUAUGAACUUUGUUAAUAAUCAAGAAAGUUAUGAUUACCCUAAGCGAGUGGGAGUGAGAUCGAAAUGUGGUGCAGAAGAAUCUCCUGCAAUGGCGACUCUGGAUCGGUGCCAGUGUACCUCAAUGUGUACGACCUGACGCACAUUAAUGGCUACGCAUAUUGGCUCGGCCUCGGAGUUUAUCAUUCUGGUGUACAAGUUCAUGGAAUUGAAUUUGCAUUUGGGGCUCAUGAGUAUCCAAGUACAGGGAUAUUUGAAGGGGAACCGAAGCAAUGUGAUGGAUUCAAGUUCAGAGAAUCAAUUUUGAUUGGGAAAACAGAUAUGAGUGAAGCAGAAGUGAGGUCAUUAAUGGAGGAACUUGGUAAAGAUUACAGAGGAAAUGCAUAUAAUCUCAUCACCAAAAAUUGCAACCAUUUUUGCAACCAUGUUUGCAUCAAACUCACUGGAAAUCCCAUCCCAAAUUGGGUCAAUCGCCUCGCUAGAAUUGGGUGGAUAUGCAACUGUGUUUUACCAGCAACCUUAAACUCCACGAAAUUUGGACAAAACAGAGCGCAAAAGAAGAGAGGUGAAGAAAAACAAGAAGAAGAAGAAGAAGAGAAGAAGAAGAAGGAAUUGGCAAGAAGAAUCCAAACAGCUGAAAUUUCAGCUUCUAAUUCUUCAUCUUCUUCAACUACUACUCUCCGCAGAGGAAGAAGCAGAACCAGACGUCCUCGUCUUCCAGCUUCACCAUUGAUACCCACUUCAAGUUCUUGAAGAUUGUUAUUUUACUAAUUCCCCCUCUAAAUUAUAUCUCUCUCUCUAAAAAAAAAAAAGGCAUUCUUGGGGGGUAUAUCAGUGAUUAUGUAAAUUGUGUAUUAUUAGGCAAAGUGGGCUGUUUUUUCUCUCUCUGCAAUGUUUUUUCCCCACCAUUAAUGAUUCCCAUUUUCUUGGAUUUUCUUGAGCUCCCAUUGAAGUUCUUACAGGCUGGGUUUAAUUUCCAGGUGAGAUGUGGAUUGGAAUUCAAAUUUUGAUGAAAUUGCUUAAUGGGGCA